AUGAGUUGCGAAGCGGUGCCGAGCACAAGCAACGGGGGAGCACAAUGCCAGGAAUGCGGACGGAUUCUCAAAUCGGAGGAGCAUCUGAGGAGGCACGAGAAAACACACGACGAGACGAGCAGGUUCGUAUUUCCUCAGAUCUUCCCAUUUUCAAAAUAAUCUUCAGGAACCAAGAAUGCUCAAAUUGCGAUAAGAAGUUUCAUAGCGCAGAAUUGCUCCGAAAACAUCAAAUUGUGCACAAUAUACCGAAGUAGGUGACGUUCUGAACAAGAAACUCUUAAGAAUCGGAAUCCAGAAAAUCGAUAGAAUGCGAAAAGUGCGGGAAGAAAUACAGUUCGAAGACGGCUCUCUCGAAGCACGUGCGGGCCCACGACUCCAACAAACGGUUUGUCCGAUUGUUUAUGACAUUUUACGUACUUUAUCAUCAGGUUCGCAUGCCCAGUUUGUCUUGCUUCAUUCGACCUUAGCGAUCCGUUCAAGGUACUUUCAGUCUUUCUAUUCAUGUGCUUAUGUGUUCCACUUUCUCUCAUUCGCAGAUUCACUUGCGGAAACACGAUAACCUGAAGCCGUUCAUCUGCAGUUACUGCUUCAAACACUUUCAAUCUAGAUCUGUAUGUCGGAGACACGUUCAGCUAAUGCACGAGAACCAGAAAAGAACGGGUGAUGCAGAAUAA